GCUCUCGGAACAUCGUCCGCUACCACGCCAGUUGGGUGGAGGACGACCGCGUCCACCUCCAGACGGAGCUCUGCGGCUGCUCGCUGCGGGACCGAAUCAAUGAGCGGCACACGUCGCUCGAGCCUCGGUUCAAGGAGCUGGAGUUGUCGGCCGUUCUGAAGCAGGCUGCGACGGGGUUGGCGGUGCUGCACGGCCAAGGCUUCGCACACCUG